AUGGAGUUCACGGCGUCGCCCAAGCCCCAGCUUUCCUCCAGGGCCAACGCCUUCUCCAUCGCCGCGCUGAUGUCGAGCGGCGGCUCCAAAGAGAAGGAAGCUACGGAGAACACUAUCAAACCACUGGAACAAUUUGUCGAGAAGUCGUCCUGCGCUCAGCCCCUGGGCGAGCUGACCAGCCUAGAUGCUCACGGGGAGUUUGCUGGCAGCGUCACGGGCAACAGCAGCCCAUCCUCCUCCUCUCUGUGCACUGAGCCGCUGAUCCCCACCACCCCUAUCAUCCCCAGCGAGGAAAUGGCCAAAAUUGCCUGCAGCCUGGAGACCAAGGAGCUCUGGGACAAAUUCCACGAGCUGGGCACGGAGAUGAUCAUCACCAAGUCUGGCAGGAGGAUGUUUCCUACCAUCCGUGUGUCCUUUUCCGGAGUGGAUUCUGAGGCCAAGUACAUAGUACUGAUGGACAUCGUCCCUGUGGACAACAAGAGGUACCGCUAUGCCUACCACCGGUCCUCCUGGCUGGUGGCUGGCAAGGCGGACCCUCCGCUGCCAGCCAGGCUGUAUGUACAUCCAGACUCUCCUUUUACUGGUGAGCAGCUACUUAAACAGAUGGUGUCGUUUGAAAAGGUGAAACUCACCAACAAUGAACUGGAUCAACAUGGCCAUAUAAUUUUGAACUCAAUGCAUAAGUACCAGCCACGGGUGCACAUCAUUAAGAAGAAAGACCACACAGCAUCAUUACUCAAUCUGAAGUCUGAAGAAUUCAGAACAUUCAUCUUUCCAGAAACAGUUUUUACGGCGGUCACUGCCUACCAGAAUCAACUGAUAACCAAGCUGAAAAUAGAUAGUAACCCUUUUGCCAAAGGAUUCCGGGACUCCUCCAGGCUCACUGACAUUGAGAGGGAAAGUGUGGAGAGCCUGAUUCAGAAACACUCCUAUGCCCGCUCACCCAUCCGUACCUACGGAGGAGAAGAGGAUGUGCUGGGUGAUGAGGUUCAGACGACACAGAAUCGAGGAUCAGCCUUUACAACAUCUGAUAAUUUGUCUCUCAGUUCCUGGGUAUCAUCUUCAUCCAGUUUUCCUGGAUUUCAGCACCCACAGUCCCUGACUGCUCUUGGCACCAGCACAGCAUCCAUAGCGACACCCAUUCCUCACCCUAUACAGGGCUCUCUGCCACCAUAUAGCCGACUUGGGAUGCCUCUAACCCCAUCGGCCAUUGCCAGCUCCAUGCAGGGGAGUGGCCCGACAUUCCCCUCAUUCCACAUGCCCCGGUAUCAUCACUACUUUCAGCAGGGGCCCUAUGCUGCUAUCCAAGGACUGCGCCAUUCCUCUGCUGUGAUGACGCCAUUUGUAUGA